AUGCGGACACGCGAGAUCAUUACUAAACGUCGCACAGUACUUAAGACGUUCUGGGAUUGGAUCGCCGAGGUCAGAGCACUACAGGCAUCACUUGACAUACCCAAGGAAGCGUUCAACUUCACCUUUUAUUCUGACGCAUCGCCCGAAGACACUAGAAAGAUAUUCGAUCUCAUGCAAGAGGCAGCGGCCUGGCAGAAGGCGCUCGGCGAAGUUUCAAAGUCCGGCUGGCAUGCUGUGAGUUCCGAUUACUCGAAAUACCUUUGGGACCCGUCCGGGCUGGCCUGGCAGGCACUGCAGGAUAUAUCGGACGGUUCCUCUAGCAUCAAGUGUGACUUUGACAUGGGCGAUUCUGUGGAUCCAAAACAGCUGUAUCGGGGGGACGGUUACUGGCAGCACGAGAAGUUUGGCGCACACUGCGCGGUGCAUGACUCUAGUAGUUGGGGGCUCUCGGGAUGA